GGCGCGCUGUCAUGGCGGACGGGGAGCGAUCGCCGCUGCUGCCGCCCGAGGCGGGGCCGGGCCCGGGCGGGGCCGCGGCCGCCGGCGGCGCGGGGGCGGGUCCGGGCGAGGCCCCGCCCCCUUACUCGCCAUUGGGCAGCCCCGAGGCGGCGGGGGCGGGGCCUCCGGCGGUCACGUGCCGCGUGUGCCAGCGGCCAAUCAGCGUCGAGGGGAAGACGCACCAGCACGUGGUGAAGUGCGGGGGGUGUGGCGAGGCCACGCCAAUCAGGACGGCCCCCAGCGGGAAGAAGUACGUGAGGUGCCCGUGCAACUGCCUGCUGGUGUGCCGCGCCUCGGCCCAGCGCAUCGCCUGCCCCCGGCCGUACUGGUGAGACUGGGGGGACUGGGGGGGACUGGGGGGCCUUCAAGCCCCGCCCCCUCGCCCCGUUUAACCCCGCCCCUUUCUGACCACGCCCCUCCCGCAGUGGGCGGAGCUCCCCGACCGCUCCCUGGCUCGCUGCCCGCACUGCCGCAAGGUGUCAGCGAUUGGCCGGCGCUUCCCGCGGCGACGCUGCCUCUGCUGCCUAUUGGGCGCGCUGCUGAUGGGCGGGGCCGCGGCCGGCCUGGCGGUGAGGGGCGGGGCUAAAAGGGGGCGGGGCUUCCGCGGGAGGGGCCUGAGGGGGUGUGGCCUUAGGGGAGAGGGGGUGGAGUCUGGUGUGGGCAGGACUAAAGGGGUGUGGCUAAAAGGGGGUUAAUAAAUGGGUGGGGCUUAAGUGGGUGUGGCUUUAAGGGGUGGGGCUUGAAGGGGAGUGGCUUUAGUGGGUGGGGCUUAAAGGGCUGGGGCAAAGUGGGUGGGGCUUGAAAUGGGAGGAGCUUAAGAGGGUGGGGAAUAAGUGGGUGGAGUCUUA